CACCGCCUCUGCCGUCACUCACGGCCACUGCCUGCUGGCUCUCUGGUGCGCUCCGCGCCACAGGCACCUGCUCGCCCAGCGCAGGGCGCUCAGUUCUUGCUCGCACACUGCGGACUCCUCGUCUUCCCUGUCACCUGGCCUAGCUUCUGGCCAGACACAGCACUCCACCUUUCUCGCAGUCCCCUGGCGCUCACCCACCCGCCAUGGCCCAGGUCUGGGCCAAAGAGUGGUGUGGCUCGUAGUCCAAACCAGGGUCUGCGCGCCGCGGCUGAGCGCCCACUCGCCUGGAGGAAAAAGCCGCGGAGAAACCGGCGGGGGCGGCGGCGGCGACGACGGGAGAGCUCGGCUGGAGUCGGAGGAGGUGGCAGUCGGGAGCCUAGCCAGUAGACCUGGAGGCAGACUCUGGUGGCUCUCGGGCGCUCACUCCGUUAUCCAAAGAUGGGUCCUGGCACAGCCCGGCCGUUGCCCGGCCCGCCGGCCAGAGACUGAACUGCAGACCCUCAGCCUCCCGUGGACCACUGGACUGAAGGAGGUCCUCCUGGCGGGACCUCGCCUCCUGCGCCCCUCGCGUAGCGCCGCCCGCCGGAGCCGCGCCGGGCCAGCCCGCAGGGAAGCCCGGCUGAUUGGCGGCCGCCGGCGGCCAGGGGAGGGGGCGCCGUGCGGGACCAUGGCAGGCUCCGAGGCGUCCUAGCCGGAGCUCCAGCCGGAGCCGAGCCCACGCUGCCGCCGCCGCCGCUGCCUCUCCGCGCCGAGCCACCCCGCCGCCGCCGCCGCAACCCUGCGGGAGAUGGAACAGCGGAACCGGCUCGGAGCCCUCGGAUACCUGCCGCCUCUGCUGCUGCACGGCCUGCUGCUCUUCGUCGCCGACGCCACAUUCACCGAAGUCCCUAAAGAUGUAACCGUGCGGGAGGGAGACGACAUCGAAAUGCCCUGCGCUUUCCGGGCCAGCGGAGCCACCUCGUACUCGCUGGAGAUUCAGUGGUGGUACCUCAAGGAGCCUCCCCGGGAACUGCUACACGAGCUGGCGCUCAGCGUGCCGGGCGCCCGGACCAAGGUAACAAAUAAGGAUGCAACUAAAAUCAGUACCGUGCGUGUCCAGGGCAAUGACAUCUCACACCGGCUUCGGCUGUCCGCCGUACGAUUACAGGACGAAGGCGUGUAUGAGUGUCGAGUUUCGGACUACAGCGACGACGACACCCAAGAACACAAGGCCCAGGCGUUGCUGCGCGUGCUGUCGCGCUUCACGCCGCCCAACAUGCAGGCUGCGGAGGCGGUGUCCCACAUCCAGAGCAGCGGCCCGCGCCGCCACGGAGCCCCCAGCGCCGUCAGCUCCAACAACGCAGGUGCCGCUGUCCGCACCACCUCCGAACCCAGCCGUGGCGACAAGAACCCACCUCUUGGGAGCCCUCCCGCUGGAUCAGGAGUCCCGGAGGCAGCCGCCGCCGCUGCUGCCGCUGCCGCCGCCGCCGCCGCUUCUGCGACCCACACAGCCACCACAACUGUUGCAGCAGCUGCUGCUGCUUCUUCAUCAGCGUCGCCGCCGUCGGGCCAGGCUGUCCUUCUGCGCCAGAGGCACGGCUCCGGUAAAGGUACUGGCCCUGGCUACAGCACAGACCCUCUGCUGUCUCUGCUCUUAUUAGUGCUACAUAAGUUUCUGCACCCGCUUCUGGGGCACUGACAGCCGUGAAACCUCAGCAGGCACCCCGGGAGGACACCUUGCCACGUGGACACAGAGACCAAGGGAAGCAUGAAGAAGUACAUGCGAAAAUAAAUAAAUCAUAUUUUUGGGGAAGUAACAAAAAUCUAGAAGACUUAAAUAAUGCAUCAAGUUUCCAAAUAGGAUGGAGUGCAGGCCGUGCGGUGUGCAUGGGGCACCAGGUUCUUCACGGCAAUGUAUUUUUCUUUCCUUCACAUUCCCUUCGAAUCUUCAUUUUGCACGAACUGUUGAGCAGGUACCUUGAGGAUAAUAUGUGAAAAAAAAAAAUGUUGGGUCAAAGCCUUUCUGACAAAGUAAAAUAUUUUUAGGAGA